CGCACAACACCCCGCCGGUUGUGUUUAUUCUUGUCCUGCUGACCCUGUCUACCUUUACAUACGGCACAUCCCGAAACACCGCCCCGAAAAACACAUAUACAUAUAUAUACGCGAGCUGCGAGGUUGGAGGGGUAUGGCUGCUGCGCUUGCGAUCCGGACGACACAGUCACAGACACAGACGGCGAAUCGGAAGGAUAUGUCCGUGAAUAGUCAUAGCUGUCCGAAUUGCGGGACCCAGGUCUGGCAGGAUAGAGCGGUUGAGGAUGCGCAGAGGAGGAUUGCCGAGCUGCAGGCGCAGGUGGAGAUGCUGAAGGAGAAGGCGACGGCGGCAGUGGAUAAAUGUGCCGACUAUGAGGACCAGCUGCGAAGCGUGAGAGCAGUCCAGAACGGCCUCCCUCGAUCAAAUACUUCGGAUUCCCUCUCACCCAGCCGCCCCUCCACAGAAGAGCCCCGCCCGUCGACCGCAAACUCUACGUCAGGCAAAACAGCAACCCGUUUCUCUUUCCUCCCUGGCCGUCGCGGCUCCCCCGCACAACCCCAAUCUGCUAUCCCCCCUCCUCCAACAUCUGACGCCGACCUCAUGGCCGAGCUUGAUAAAGAACGCAAGCGGCGCCAAAAGGCCGAAGAGAAGGCGCGGAAACAAGACAUGGAAAUCGAGGAGCUGAGCGUGACGCUAUUCUCACAGGCUAACGAGAUGGUGGCUGCGGAGCGGAAAGCAAGAGCGAAACUGGAGGCGAGGGUUGAGCAACUGGAGAAGAAGGAUAAGGAUAAGAUGGCAAGGCUAGAGCGGUUAGAGAAGGCGGUUAGCAGGAUUGAUAGGGUUAAGGCUAUGCUAGCGACCCCGACGCCUGAGCCCGGAGGCUCGUUGGGUGUGCAGAGGAUGACAAGUCCGUCGAAAAAAAAGACUUGAGGGCUGACUUUGGAGAAGGAUAGCAAACUCUAAUUGCGAGCACGCCAGCGCCUGAGACUUGCGAGGCUCAAGGGUCGUGAUUCUGGCAUCAGCAGUUCGAGACAGGUGCAACGAGGCGUGAGGGGGCAUUGCGGAACAUUUCACCUCCCCUGUCUUGCAAAACAGGACGAAUCUCACACCAUCUCCCACCCCCCGCGACUUCCAAACCACGGAAACUUCCAGUGCUUCACCGUCAGCGGCGUAUCAUUCGACAUUCAACUUCAUCUCUCAUUCUUCCCGGCUGGUAUCUUUUCAAACUUUCAUUCUUGAUACCCCAUUUCCCAACUUUUUUG